GCCAAUAAUUCCACGUGACACAUCUGCAACGUGUAACAUACUUUUCACAACUACGGCCGAAUUCUGUAGGUAAAUGAGUAGUGUUUAUGUUAGUACACAUCACGAUCGCGGCCAACUGUUUACGUGCAUAUACGUACUCAAUGUAAAACAGGCGGUCUGUAUAG